AUGGAGCCGCCCCAGCAUGAUGUUCCUCAGUCAAUCGUACUUGCAAAGAGACUCAUUGCGUGCGAUCUAUGCAGGACGAAGAAGAUCAGGUGUGUCGGCGACGACCCUUGCAGCAAUUGCGUCGAGCAUGGAGCAGAAUGCAUUUUCAGCCCACGCCAGCGCCGCCGGAAAGGGAAUCCCAAGGGCUUGCCUUCAUUGGCACGUCGGCUUGCUCGUUUCAAGGACCUGUUGGAAGCAGCAAGGAUAUCUAGCGACGAUGGCGGUCAGCUUUCAGACCUUCUCGGGGCCAAAGUACCAGAACUUCCGCAUUCAAUACUAGCAUUGGGCUCAGACCAACCACAGCAAAGUCCUGCAGAAAUCAGUCAGCAAGAACAACGUCCCCAAGCCAUAGUUUGUGCCGGCGAGCCUCCAGGACCAGCCAGUGACGCCUUCGACCCCUUGCAGCAUCAUGCAGGGCAUCCGUCACGGAGCCAAUUGCCAUGCCCCGUCACGAAGACCCCGUCCCAGCCUGAUUCCAACGAGGCACCCUGGGAGCGCCUUGAGAGUCCCAGCCAAUCGGCGUCCAUAGAUGAUCGCGGAGACAUGGGCGGCUAUCACACAUUCCAAGACGACAUCGAGUACUGGGGCCCCCGAACCAGCAUGGCCAUCUGCUCGCAGGCUGGUAUAGCCUGGGUCAGGGAACGGGUGAAACAGCCCGAUUUCCGAGUCAGCGCAAACAGAUUCACGCAGGAUGUCGCACGACGGUUAAAGCUGGAGAAGCGGCCCACGAAGGAGCGAAAAGAGGAACCGGGGCUCACCGACUCGCUCCGAUUCACUCAUGCAUAUUUCGAGGAAGCCCCCGAUGCGGCGCUUGGGAUCGUGCGGCGCUCGUGCUUCGAGGCUAGACUUCGUUCGUUUUGGGCCAGCUCAGAGGAUGAAGAUGACCCGUGUUGGUACGCCCUGCGAAAUGUCGUUUUCGCAUCGGGAUGUCGCUUGGUACGGUCCGGUGAGAAGGGGUAUACCGAGGCUCACCGAGAAUCAUGGUCUUAUUUCGAGAAUGCCCUCUCGGUGCACGCGGAGCUCCUAUACUUCCGCAGCUCCGUCAUGGGCGUACAGGCUCUGACACUCAUGGCAUACUUUGCUGAGGCCGUCUCAUGCACGAUGUUACAAUAUAUGCUCGUCUCCAACGCAUAUCGUCUUGCAUGUGGGCAAGGAUUGCACGUACAGCCGGCACCAUCCUGGAACUUACCAGAGGAAGAGAAGUCUCUGCGGCAAUGCGUGUUUUGGGCCAUCUACUGCCUCGACAAACAAAUCGCCGUUCGGUCCGGGCGUCCUUCGUUGAUUGAUGAUGAAGAGAUCAACUGUCAACUUCCAACUUCGGACCGUUCGGAUGGCUCGGUCAAUGUCCGAUAUACACAAGCGUGCAUCAAAAUCAACCAUCUUUCCUCCGUGACUCGCAAAAUGCUCUUCAAAGCAUCGGCAUGGCGCCAGGCGCCCGAACAUCUGGUCAACAACGUUACAAUGCUUCAAAUGAAGCUCGAGGAACUCCGAGCUAGCUUGAAACAUCAAUGCCAGAUCGACCUGCCAAUGAACAUCACGAAGCCGCCAGCGGGCCUCAACAUGCAGCAAGCCCUGUUCAUACAGUUUCUUUACUACAACUUGGUCUGGGAUAUUCAUACAACGCUGGCGCAUCCGUGGUUCCGCGGUGUUACCGGACUUGACCGACAUCCAGAUUUCCAAGUCCAGAUCAGUCAAUCAUGCGCGAUGGUGGCAGAAACAUCGAGGGCGACAAUCCUUGAUUCCAGGUUUAUCCAGCUUGAUGCGAGUUGUCCAAUGCCGGUCGCAUACUAUUCUCCGUUGUACGCCGUCGUCAACGUCUUUAUUAAUAUCCUGUGCGAUCCUUCUGGCGCUGCGGCCCAGUCGGACCUCCGUUUGAUGGACGUGGCCAGCGGAUAUUUUGCACGCCUGGAGUAUACCACCGAUUCGCAGUGGUCGGUGCCGCUUGUCAAGGAUACUGCGACCAUUGCCAGAAAUGCGGUGGGAAAUCUCAGUCGGCAUCCUGGUCUUAUCGCGCAGCAACCUGAGAGCACAUCGACGAUGAAUCCUGCACUUCCAAGCCUGGACCCAGUCUGCGAGCCAGCGAUGGAUGAUAAUAAUACUGACCAGGUAUGA